AUGGUGGUGACCAAGGCUUUGGCUAAGAUCGAUGAGAAGACUCACGAAACCAAAGAGAAAGUGCACGCGUGCAAGCAUGAUUCUAUUCAAGGCACUAAGGGAUACCAUCUACACGGCUCUGGAGCCGUUUGGGCGAGAACAUGGUCCUGUAGAUGGGAAAUCCCUGGAAAUAUG